AUUGUCUCAGCUCUCGCAAUUGAUCAUUCUGGAUCGAGAGUGCUCUCUGGAAGUUAUGACUACACUGUAAGAAUGUAUGAUUUCCAAGGAAUGACUUCCAAGUUACAAUCAUUCAGACAGUUGGAACCUUUCGAGGGACACCAGGUUCGGAGCAUAAGUUGGAGUCCCACAUCAGACAGAUUUCUUUGUGUAACAGGUUCAGCACAAGCUAAGAUUUAUGAUCGAGAUGGACUUACUUUGGGUGAGUUCAUUAAGGGAGAUAUGUAUAUACGUGACUUGAAGAACACCAAGGGUCAUAUUUCUGGCUUGACUGGUGGAGAAUGGAAUCCCAAAUCCAAGGAAACUGUCUUAACUUCUUCUGAAGAUGGUUCUUUGCGAGUAUGGGAUGUGAAUGACUUCACAAGUCAAAAACAG